AUGGAUUCUGAUAUUUAUACUGCACUGAACAAGUUCAAUAAUUUUUCAGGUAUCGAUGGAGAAUCAAUUGAAGAAUUGAUUAAUAGGUAUAUCGAGUUGUAUUGGGAGAUGGUGAGAUUGAAGAUAAUCAAGACUAAUGAGGAAUGGGUUGACAAGUUGGCAAAUGUUUUACCGGGUGAUGGGUGGAGAAUGUAUUUGUCAGAUUUGAAGAAGAUAUAUUUAGAUGUGAAUUUGAGUUUGUUUAUCGAGAAGAUUAAAGAGCGAGAACUUGAACUCCAAAAGAUUAGUAAUGCAGAAGCAGCUGAUGAAGCAAAAUUCAAAUUUGAGGAAAAUGUUCGAGAGGUAGAGGAACAGGUUAAGGAGAUUUCAGCUAUCAAGGUGGAAACGAAAACUGAAGUUACAGUUAUUUCUGAUGUUCAACAAGAGAAAGAGAAGGUGUUAGAUGAUGUUGAAGGUGACGACAUUGAUAAAGACACUACUAGUUCUUCUAGCUCGUCUGAAUAUGAAGUGAUUGAUGCAAAAGAACGUGAAAGACGAAUGAGAGAAGAGGUAGAACAGGAGAAGUUGAUCAAGAAGAGGAAGAGGCAAGAACAGGAGGAUGCUCCUUAUGUACCUUCUCCGGAGCAUGUUUCAGCGUCACAAUCUACUCCGAGAGGUCUGCAUACACCACAAGAUAGUCUGCUAGAAGUUGGUGAUUUCGAUUUUGCAACCAAUUCACAAGUGUUAAAAUUGGAAAAGAGAAUUGAGGAUGUGAUAGCAGAAAAUAAAAAGUUGGUGGCUGAAAGUAGAAAGAGUGAUGAUAGAGAAAAGAUUCUUGCUGGUAGGGUGCAGAAGUUGGAAGGUGAAAACAAAGUGUUGAUACAGAAAGUUGAAGCUGAUCAGACGGAAAUCGAUAUUCUGAAAGUUCGAGUGUCUGAAUUAGAAGAAGAAAAGAAUCGUCGAGAGAGUGAAAAUGAAUACUAUAAGUUGAAAAAUAAAGAACUUACGGCUGCUAAAGCGCUUCAUGAACAUAAGUUCUACAUGCUGAAUAGAGUUGUGGAAAGCCUGUUAGAAACGUCAGUGGAACAGAAAUAUGAAGAGUUGAAGGUAGAAGAUCUGCAUGCUGAACGUCAAGCAGAAAUGGAAAGGCAGAUGAAAGAUAAGGGUAAAGGGGCUGCAGGAAGUUCAGCUUUGCCUGAAAUGUCUAUUGUGCCUUCGAUGGUAAUCGAUAAUCCUGAGCCUAUCUCUUCAGUCCCUGGCAUAGUCGAAGAAGAAAUUCCAUCGCCUAAAUUAAUUGGUGGUGAAGAUGAAGAGGAUGAUGAAGAUGAUGACGAGGAUGAGUUUGGGUAUUCUGCGAGUAAUCACAGUUCUAAAGGUAAUGAUGAUGAUGACGCUGUAGGAGGUUCAGGUGUUAGAGUGACUGAAGCCUCAAAUGAAAAAGUCGUUGAAGAUCUAUUGAACGACACAAUUAAUGAAGAAAGUGGUGAAGCUGAAGGUAAGGGGGAGUCGAGUAAGACACAGAUUGUAGAGCAUCAUGAACCUUUGUUCUUACGUUUAGAUGUGUAUAGGGAGAUGUUGAAAGAUGUGAAUUGA